AUGACUACUAUAGACACCGUUAUAGAUACUACAUUAGAGUCACUUGGAAAUUCGGAUUAUACCCAAUUUGAUUUUCAACUAAACGAAAUCUCACAAGCUUUAACACAGAUUUCACAACAAGAUGUUCCAACUUCAUCUGAUCAAAUAUUGAGAAUAUUAAAUUAUAAACCCGAUGGGAAUAGUAUUCCAAAUUUACGUUUAUAUCGUGGAUUAUUAUUAUUAGUAAGAAAUAUGGCACCUUUAUUAGACACUUCAUUAUUACCAUCUGUUAUUUCAAGUUUCCAUUCAUUUAUACAAUUGAAUAAAAAUGAAUGGAUAAUUAAAACAAUUACUAUUUAUUGGCAAAUACUUGCAAAUUUUAAACGAUGUGAUUAUAUAUCUGAAAUAAAUGAAAUGUUUCAAUGGGCAAGGACAGUUUGUGAGGAUAUCCCAGUUAUUCAUUUUUUAUUUCGUCAGUUUAAUACAUUAGAUCCAGAAAUAACUAAUGAAAAUUUAUUAAAAUUAUUAAAAUUGAAAAAUACUUAUACUAUGGAUAUGAUUUUUGAAUUAUUUAACAAGAUUAAAUUUGAUACAGAACUCAGUCAUGAUAAUAAAUUAUUCAUUCAUUUAUUAUAUGAUAUAAUAACUCAUGAAAGUUUUGGAAAUUGGAUAAUUAUUCAAGAAUCUCUUCUUGAAAAAUGGAUAGAUUUAUCAUCAAUAAUUAUACAAACUAAAGAUGAUUGGAAUAAUUAUCAAUUAACUGCUUUAUUAUCUUGGAAUUAUACAUUAUUUAUGAAUUAUUCAAAAUUGGAGAUUAAUUUAGAUGAUGAAAAAACUGAAGAAAUUAUUCUGGGAUGUUUACAUAUUAUUGCUGAAUUAAGUAAAUUUAAUGCUACUAAACAAUUCAUUGAACAUUAUUCAGAUUUCUUACCACGUUUGAUUGAUGUUUUCAAAUUUAUUCAUGAUAAUAUUAAACCUAUAACUAUUAAAACUGCUAAAAUUGAAGAAAUAACUAAAUUUCCAUCAGUUAAAUCAUAUAUAAUUGUAAUAUUAUCCUACCUUGCCUUUGAAUCAUUUGAUAAUCAAGAGAAAAUUCGUGAAUUGGGUGGUCUUGCAUUAGUAUUAUCCAAUUGUAUAAUUGAUAAUAAUAAUCCUUUUAUUAAAGAACAAGCAAUCGUAUGUUUGAAAUAUUUAUUAAAUAAAAACCCAAAGAAUCAACAAGUUGUCGCUGAAUUAGAAGCUAAAAAAACAGUUGAUGAUGAUGUUUUACAAGAUGUUGGGUAUCAAGUAGAAGUAGUUGAUGGGAAAGUUACAGUCAAGAAAAAGGAUUAA